AUUGGCUUCUGGGUCUCCGGGAAGAUGAUCCAAGGUCCAUUAGUCACAAAAGGCUGUGUACCGAAAUACAUUUCUGGAGUGGCGCACCUCCUGUGGAUCUGCAUUCACUCUUUCCAAGCUGAAUCAAGUUAAGAGGAAAACAAAUAUCCCCAUUUCCAGCAACUGCCAGCUGAAUGGCUGGCUGGUGUGGCAGUCAUGAAGACUGCCUACUUUUCCAUUCCCAUUCUCCAGCUAUCUGUGCAGAAUGCUGACUGGGCCUUGUGGCAAUCAUGAAUUCACUUCUAUCUCAUCUCCUCUUCAAGCAGUCUUCCAAGUUUAAGGAAAAACUAACUGGCCUUUAAAUAAAAAAAAAGUUCCUGUACAAACAUCUAACUGAAUCAACAAAUGUUUUUUAAAAGAUGAUAACCUGCCUAAAACAUGACAGAAGAUGUGAACAUCUGCACAGGAACUGGAAGAAGAUACAAGCAUCAGUUGAGGAGCAAAGGUAAUGUGGAAGUCCUGUCCAGGGCCUAGACGAGGGUCACCAUCAACUGGUCCAAGUCCAGUUUGAGCCCAGUCACUCCGCCAGCUCCAGACUGACACAACAACCUGCCCACUCCCCCAACACCUACCCGGGCUGGCAUGCUUGGUAGGACUGCAGCUGUGGUAUUGGUGCCUAUGCUCCAUUAAGCCCUAACAGGUCACAGCCAAAAUUAGGACUGCAUGGAAUGGGGAAAUGUGGGCUACAGUCAAGCAAGAUUCUAGUUAUGUGAACCCUGUAGUUAAAGACCUGAUUUUUAUCACAGAUUCAGAUCUGGCCUUAGGCCAACUUGAAAUCUCUCUCAAUAUUUCUUGUUGAGCCUGCUUUUCACAAUCUGUUCUAUGUUUCCCAAAAAAUGAUCAAUAUAAGAUAACCUUCUCCUCACAUUGCAUAUGAAGUCACAGCAACCCCUCCCCCUGGGAGCCAGACUGCAACAAACAUUUUGAGAUUAAAAUUGGGCACAACUUUAUUUAUUUAUUUCAGCCGUAGGUAAACCUUGGCAUAGGCAUUGGGAGUGUAUCCCUCUCAGCCCCCUGCUGGCUUCUCUUCAGGGGUCUGAGGCAUGACAGGGUCAGCUGUGGGGGGGAAUGAGGCCAUUGCAAAACAUGGCGGUUUACACAGAUGUUAGCUCCCCCAAGGCACUGAGGCGGCACUAGGGACCAAGUUGUUGAGCCUGACCUGCAUCUACAGCCAGAAUAGCGCAAGGUGCCAAGUCAAAUGGGAGCUAGCAGUAGCACAAAGUCAAUGGUGGAUUUGCUCAAAAGAAAAAAAUAAACAGAAGGAAUAAUACUAUUGACAGUAUCAAGGCAUCAUAUACUAUUCUAUCAACAGUUUUAAUUGUUAAUGUGCAAACUCUGGAAUAUUCUUACAGAAGAAAAUGACAACCUCCCUUCUGCAUUGUGUUUUGCUAUAUGCAUUGAAGCAUUUGCAAUUAUGAUUAAGUCUAAUGAACAAAUCUAGAAGUAGGUCCUUCUACAGUAUUUCCAAACUAAGUCUUUAUGCUGAUGGAGUAAUAACAUUAUCAAGUCCUCUAAUGCCAGCUCAAUAUAUUCUCCAAAAGCUUCAGAGAUUUUGAAGAAGGAUGAAGGUACAGUAUGAACAUAUAUUAGGAUAAAUAUGUAUCCUAAUAUUUUGUAACUGAUUUGUCUGAAAAAAUAUUACAUGCACAUGUGAAUGUAAUAUGAAAAAAGUAUUUUAGAUCUGUAUUGGCACAAUAUACAGGGUGGCCCAAAAGUAGGUAUACAGCUGAAUCAAUGAAAUUAAUCACAACUGAUUAUAUGGAUACACAUAGUUGGCACACUACAAAGUGGCAGUAAAUUUCAGGCUGGCAGUUGGAAAGAAUAGUGGAGUAGAUAAAAGGGUUAUUUUUCUUUACUGAUAUUGUGAAUAAUGACAGUGAACUUGAGUCAAGAACAAAGAAAGCGGAUUCUAAAGCGGUAUAUCUACUUUUGGGCCACCCUGUAAGCAGUGCUCCCCCCCCCCCCAAAAAAAAUGUUUAGGGAUACUCUCAUUUUGACUCAAGAAAAUAUAGUUAAAAUCGGGGAAAAUAAAUACAGUAAAUGGACCAAAGUACAAAGAUUCACAAAAUGUUGAGGGGUAUGCGUCCCCCCCCCAGAAAAAAAGCACUGCCUGUAAGUUUGUUAAGUGUUGGUUACAGAACCGAUCAACCAAAUAAAAAAGAGCAAAUGAUCUAAUUUUGGAUAGUUUACUAUCUGACAUAAAAAAAGAUCUAUUUCAGCUCUAUUAUAUAGCUCUUAUAAACAAGACGGUUGAUUAAAAACAAGGAUGAUGUAAAUAGGCAGAAUCUCAACAUGUAAGUCAGGACAUUUUGUCUAUUACAAAACAUGAAUAUUAUGAUUUUCCUUUCAAUUCUGAAGACAUAGCAACAUGUGUGUUUGCUUCAUAUACUCAGUUGCGGGAGAAGUAAAUUGGAAGUUUCUGCUCAGAAAGUGGGGCAUUGUUCAUCUUAUAGCUUUUUUACCAGGAAGAACUCUGAGCUUCUUACCAGAAGCAGGACACAGAAAAAACAGCUCAUCCCUCUUAACAGAUUCAUUCUAUUCUUCAUUGGCCCUCCCACAAUUUUUCCAGGAGUUACUUAAAAGCAGAGGGAGGGAGGGAGCACAGGGAUGUGUUAAGGAAGUAAUUCUGACUUCAGUUUAGUAUCAUUUCUCUCUCUCUUCGGAACACAAUACACAUAGGAGGAACUUUUCAGACAAAAGGAAGUAAAAGCAGAAGGAGACUGAAUCAGUGCAGGGAGAAAUCAUGGAGCCAUUCCAUUGGGUGUUCUCCAUGCUCAUGGCCAUAUGGAAUAACCUCAUGUUGCUGGUUAUACUAUUCUUUUUGUUAACUCUAUCCUUUGAUUUUAUGAAGCGUAGGAAGCCUUGGAGCAACUACCCGCCAGGGCCUAUUUCCUUGCCCUUUAUCGGCACCCUUUUGCAGAUUGAUAUGAGGAAGCCUCAUCUUUCUUUCACUCAGGUAAGUACCAAGGGAAAAAAGAGACCUGGAUCAUAGAAUUGUAGUGUUGGGAGCAGUGGCGUAGCGUGGGGGGUGCAGGGGGGCCGGCCGCACCAGGCGCAACAUCUGGGGGUUAGGGUUAGGGGGCGCAAAUCAUGGGUUAGGGGGCGCAAAUCCAUGGGUUAGGGGGCGCAAAUUACAUGCCUUGCCCCGGGUGCUGACAACCCACGCUACGCCACUGGUUGGGAGGGAUCCCAAGGGUCAUCUAAUCCAACCCCCUGCAAUGCAGGAAUCUAAAGGAUCCGUGACAGAUGGCCAUCCAACAUCUGAUUAAAUGCUCCGAUGAAGGAGAGUCCGCCACCUUCUGAGGGAGUCCGUUCUAUAGCUGAACCCCACCUCCCUCAGACUUCUUCCUCUGGUGACCAGCAAAGAGUGCUGUGUUUGGGGAACAGAAGUGAAGAAGGUUAACCUGCCAUUGAGCUGCUGCAGUGAGUGUUUGAGGGGGGGGGGAACUUGUCUGUUUCCCACAGUUCCUUUGUGGCUUGUAAUAUUGGCUCAUGCAUGCUGAUGGGGUGUUAUGCUUAUGUGUUAUUCUGUUGCACCCUUGGAAUUAUAUUUUAGUUUCACCUGCCUUGCACCACGCUAGUCAUUGCAGUUAGCCUCUUGGACAUUUUAGCUCUGAAUGGGCAAAAUAGAAGUAUGUUAAGUGUUGGUUACAGAACUGAUUGACCAAAUAAGAAACAGCAAAUUUGAACUAAUUUGGGAUAGUUCACAAUUUUCAGUUCACAGAAAUCAACUGUCACAUUGUUUUCUAUUAGAUGAUAUUGCUUUUAAACAUAUGGGUGGGUACAUUGAGUUUAGCGGGGAGCUGCAACAAGAUGCUUUGAGGGCUGGCUCCAACCUUUAACAGGAAGGCACUCAUUCAGGGUUCCAGACAGCCUGUAACAGGACCCUAUCAGUGGUUUGGGUGGGUGUGUAGAAGGACAGGCAGCAAGGAUGGGAAGAAAAAUAACUACUUUCCUCUUCCUUAGUACAGUGGUACCUCGGGUUACAUACGCUUCAGGUUACACACGCUUCAGGUUACACACUCCACUAACCCAGAAAUAGUGCUUCAGGUUAAGAACUUUGCUUCAGGAUAAGAACAGAAAUCAUGCUCCGGCGGCGUGGCAGCAGCAGGAGGCCCCAUUAGCUAAAGUGGUGCUUCAGGUUAAGAACAGUUUCAGGUUAAGAACGGACCUCCAGAACGAAUUAAGUACUUAACCCGAGGUACCACUGUAUAUUAAAGAGUUGGAGCUCAGGGCUGACUGCUGGCCCUGAAUCUGAACACUAUUGCUAUAUUAGGAAGUUUUAAUGUUUGAUGUUUUAUUACGUUUUUAUAUGUGCUGGAAGCUGCCCAGAGUGGUUGGGGAAACACAGCCAAAUGGGUGGGGUAUUUUUAUUUUUAUUUUUAUUUUUAUUUUUAUGCAGAGAGAGGAAGAGAUUUUUUGCUACUGAGAAUGAAAAUAUUUUUUUUUUUCAUUUCCUCCAUCCUGAAACCUCCCCAUAUAGUGGACGGAGGAGAGAUUUGUAACCUUUUAGUGCACAUUCUUCCAACUCUAAUCACAACUCUAGAAUACAAUAACCCAUGAAAAGCAGUGGUGGUGGGGGAGGCUUAAUCCUUCCCCUCUCCCCCAAAAUGAUCACCUCAACAUUCUUCUAAGACAAUGAGCACAGGUCCCUGUGCUGUAGGGCUGUUCCUAAUAGCACUUGCUUUUAUUUUCACUGAAUGGUUGUGUGAGGGAGCAACCUUCUUUAAUUGUGAAUGGUGGGUAUACAUCUACAGAAGACUAUAUAUAAAGUUAGGUGCAUAGUAGUAGGAAGGUUUAAUAACUGGAAUUGGUGCAUGUUUUAUAAGAAUGAUUAACAACAAUCGACCCACCAAUUCAAGCAUUCAUUAGUUUCCUUAUUAGAAUUAAAGAUGCUUGAGUAAAGAGUAGAAUUCUUUCUUCUGUCUUGAGAGUACAAUAAAAAGAGGACUGUUUUGAUUUAGAGAAAUGUCAUAUAAAACCACUAUUAGCAGUUCAACCCUGUUGUGUUCAAUUGGAUGUAAGUUUAUGGUUGGAGUCUCAUUUUCAUAAUUUUAAAACUGAUUUAGAGAAACACUAGACAUACUAAGUAGGGGAGUGCAUGUGCCCAACAUUACAAGGAGAGUCCACUAUUGGAAGGGUUAGCCAUCUUCCACCUGCUGAAAGGAAAAGGAACCCAUAAGAUGAAAGAGGGGUACCUUGAAGUUGGCCGCCAGCAUUUAGCACCUGGGCAACUGACGUAGCAGACACACAGGUAAUCUGGUCACAGCCUUCAUCACUAGGUUGUCAUUUGUUGUAUUUCUGGUCAAAUAAUUAUUAUUCCAAAACUUGCAUGCAGGGCCAUCUUUAGCAGAUGUAGUGCCAGGGUGCAAAUAUCCACCCAGCGCCCCCAAAUUACCAUGGAUAGUGUGUAGGGGGGGGGAGGAAGCUGUGCACUGCCAGCCAAAUCUCCCCCAUGCCACUGCGGGAGAGCAAUCCCUGCAGAGGCUUGGGAGGAAAGCUGUGCACCCGCCAGACAUAUAGUUGGCGGGGCGCUGCUUCCAGCCUAAGUCUCUGUGGGGAUCGCUCUCCUCCCAUGGAGGCAAGCUGCACCAUAUGGCUGGCAGGGUGCAGCUGGCGGGUGUGCAGGGAAAGGGGAGGCCACAGCUCCCCCACUCACUGGGGCGCCCCUGAGAGUCCGGCGCCCUGGCACGAGGCACCACUAAGCCCUAUGGGUAAGAUGGCUCUGCUUGCAUACCUAGAUAUAUAGUAGCAUAUGGACAUUUUAUGCUGUCAUAUAUUUACAGCUGUCUAAGAAGUACGGGAACAUUUACAGCCUGCAAGCCUUCUAUACCAAUGUCGUGGUGGUGAAUGGAUUCAAGCUAAUGAAAGAAGCUUUAGUCCACAAGUCAGAGGAUUUUGCUGAUCGUCCUGAUAUGCCUGUCCAGAGUUAUUUGGCAGGAUACAAGCAAGGUAUGUCCGGCUUUGUCAGUCCACGGUGCUGAAGGAGAUGGGAAGAAGGCAAACCAGUGAGCAUCCCUCCCGUCUGUUGGCAAUAAAGCAAUUCAAAUAGGAAGAGUGGGAAUUAAAUCAUGAUCUGUUAAUGCUUCCAACCCAUAAGAAAGGAGCAUUUUGGUUCUCACUGUUUUUCUUGAGGUUCAAAAGCUCAUUGAGUGUGAAUGAUAAGAGCUGUUCGGCAGCGAAACAAACUCUCGCAGAAGGUGGCGGACUCUCCCUCAUUGAGGAUGGAUGUCAAAGAUUCUUUAGCUGUGAUUCCUGAAUGGCAGGGGGAUGGACUGUUUCUCUGAUUGAGGAGCUUCAUGACUGAUUCGGAUUUGAGUCUCUCCCAGAUCCUAGUCCAGCACCAAACUGACUCUCAUUUAAGAGAGAAUGAAAAUAAUUUUUAGACAUUAAAGCAAUAGUGCCUUGAUACAGAGUAUGAGCAAACUUUGUCCAUCAGCCAUGUAAUACAUUUUCCCUUUCUUUUUGUUUGUUUACCGAGUCUGAUCCGGUUCAGUGUCUGAUGAUUGAUCUCCAGAUGUAAUAAUUUUAGUCAGUAAGAGCUGACUCAUAUGAAGUAAUAUUAUGUCAGCAUUUUAACUGCUUCAAUUUUAUGCCCUCUUAGGACUGGUAUUUGCAAAGUAUAACCAUGCCUGGAAGGAGCAGAGGAGGUUUCUUCUCUCAAACUUGAGAGAUUUCGGAAUGGGAAAGAAAUCCCUGGAAUGGCAAAUGAUUGAGGAAGCUGACCAUCUGUGUUCUGCAUUCCGUGCUGAGGGAGGUUGGUUAAACCUAGGAAUGAGGGACGUGGGAAAUAUGCUUAAUUCAAAAUGUUUACAUUCUUAUUUAUUUAUUUAAUAAAAAGCAUACACUGUUUGAUUGUUUAAAAAACCCUUGAAAACAAUAACAUGAUCAACAAGAAUAAAUAAUAAUAAUCGAAGACUUUAAAAAAGUUAAUAUUAUGUUGCAUGCCAUCCCAAUCUCUGAGCGGUGUGAGAUUCCAGGGGUUCUGAGCGCUUACCCAGGCUUGUGUUUCCUUCAGGAAUAAGGCACAUGUCUUUAUGAUAUAUGGUUUAUUUACGUAUAUCUAUAACCUGAGCCUAUGAUGGAGGGGCUCACAGCAUUAACACCCCAAGAAGGUCUUGCUUCUCCCAUAGCUACAGCCUUGGAUCCCAGCAGAAAUCAGGCCUGGCUGUGACUCUCUGCCUUCCCAGCCUGCCCCUCUUGCACCCAGCUCCUAGCUCCCUGUCUUUCUAACUAACAGACUGUUGAGGGAGGGAAGCCUACCCCUUUGGUUUCUGGCACUGAGCCACUUCCUUUGUUCCCUUAAUGGCCCAUACUUAGCAGGCUAUUACUAGGCUGGCCUGCUUAUUCCAGCAAUUGAAUCCAUGCUGGAUCCAGGAAUUAGAUGGAGGAUCAGGCAUACAGUCUAAUCCCCCCCCCAACACAUAACAAUAACAAUACACUAAAAGCAGAUUAAAACUCGCAUGAACUUUCAAAAUAUCUGGGUGGGCUUGCCUAAACAAAAAUGCUUUAGUAGGUGCUGAAAAGAGUGCAGUGAAGGUGCAUGCCUAAAAUCAAUAGCUAAAAUGUAUUUCUCCCAUCUCUGUCAAUGAACUCCAGUAAAAGUCCAGAGUGUUGUGCUUCAAACCUUAGGUUUGAUUUCCAGAGAGUUUUGAAUUUGGAACAUUUAUAAGUGUACAUUAAAGAGAGCAAAGCAAAUGGAGCCAUGGUGGUUAGGGCAGGGCAGGGGGGAUGAAUCACCAACCCACUUUCUUUCUCUUUCAGAGCAUCCAUUUGACCCUCAGUUUAUUAUAAACAAUGCAGUUAGCAAUGUGAUUGCCUCUAUGACUUUUGGCUAUCGCUUUGACUACAAGGAUCAGAAAUUCCAGGAGCUGCUGCAUUUGUUUGAAGAAUGCAUUCAAGUUGCAUCAGGAUUGUGUACUCAGGUGUGAAAAACUGCUGCUUCAUCAGAAAUAUUGUUCUUUAGUGACUGUAUCUCUGUACCAGGUGUAAUGGAUUUUCUUUUCCAUUCUCCAUCAGCUCAUUAAUAUGAUACCUUGCUUGCUGCACAUCCCACCACUGGAACAGAUAGUCUCUAAACACCACAUGGGUAUGUACAACUACAUAGAAAACAUUCUGAAGGUGCACGUGAAAACCUGGGAUUCAUCCUGCAGGAGGGACAUCAUUGAUGCUUUUCUGGAAGAAAUAGAAAAGGUAGGAAGUUGGUAUUUUGUAGUUCCAGCGCAAGGUAUAUACAAUUCUAUACAGUGGUACCUUGGUUUACAACCAUAAUCCAUUCCAGAGGUCUGGUUGUAAACCAAAACAGGUUGCAACCCAAGGUGUGCUUUCGCCAAUGGGGCCUCCCCCCCAAAAUUGGUUGUAAUCCAAAAAAAAAUUGGAUGUAAUCCAAAAAAAGGGACACAAACUUCCGGGUUUGACAUGGUUGUAAUCCAAAACGGUUGUAAUCCAAAGCGGUUGCAAAUCAAGAUACCACUGUAAUUGGUUCUAACUAUUAAUUUAAAACCUUGGUUAAAUCAGCAACUCACUGUUCAGUGCAUUUCUGCAUGGGCAUAGCCAAGGGGGGGCAGCUGCCCCCCCAAUCAAUAAAAUUCAAUAAAAAUACAUAGCAAACUGAGGUUCUGCCCCUCUCUAACAAAAAUCCUGGCUACGCCCAUGCAUCUCUUUGUGUGCCAUACCUGACUUGUGGAGCAGUGGGGUUGCAGCCCUGACCCAGGAGAGGACCCAAUACCUCUUGGGAUCUCAUGAGGUGUUAUGGCUUGGUCUCUCCCACAAAUGCGAGACAACUCUGGCUGUUAAUUAUUUCAGAUUUAUUGCUAAAACAACAAACUAGGACGGAGCUCCUCUACUCAUUGUCCUCCCCAGAAGAUGGAGUUGCCCAGACUGAGCUCCUCCCCCUUCCCCAGCACGGAAGCCCCCACCUUCUUUUCCAGUAUCCUUCUCACUGUCUAGAUCCUACAAGAGGAUUUGGGAGAGAAUGCUUCCUGCAUUCCAACAUCUGACUCACUAUUGGAGCUCUCACACAGCAGCCUGUCACUCUGGCCCUGUCUUUCGUCUCCCCUUUGUUCAGAGCUCAGAUCACAGCUGCUCUCCUCCUCCUCUCUGCCUUCCGCUGUUAACUGUUCUCUCUCUAUGCCUGCUUCUUCUUCUCCUGUCAGCAUCUGAGCUUCGCUGACAUGAGGCCUCAGAAUCUCCUUGGAGAAAAAGUGGGAUGUAAAUGUAAUCAAUUAAUAAAUAUGCCACCACUCCACGGACCUCAGAGGGUGGCAGCACUGCUAACAGCGCCUUCCUCGCCCAACUGGGCAGGUCUGUAACUGAUAUGACUCUUAUACUGGAAAGUCCAGUCUCUUUGACACUUUCUGCACGCUAUAUAGCUACCAUAAGAUUUAUUUAUUUUUUGAGAUGCAUAUCGUUUGUCUUCUCAGAGGAAGGAAGAUGUGAAGACAAGUUUCAAUCGUGACAUCCUUCGUCUAAUAAUUACUGAACUUUUUGCUGCUGGCACUGAAACUGUCGCCACCACUCUGCGCUGGGGCCUGCUGUACAUGAUCCAAAAUCCAGAAGUCCAGAGUAAGUACUACUGCAGCUGCUAUAUGCUAGAGAGAGAGAGAGAGAGAGAGAGAGAGAGAGAGAGAGAUUUUAGUGCCAGUUUCUGAAAGAGCAGCUAUAUUAGGAUGGGAAUUUAAGUUUUGACAGAGAUGUACAAUAUGCAAGAAGCCAUUGGGCUUCCUGUUUUCACUGAAUUAAGGGCACAUCUGUAGCUGCUGUUAGUCUUUGGUAGCAAAGAUGAAACUGGCAUUCUAAAACAAUUUAUUGUGGCAAACUUUUUCAUAGGGUACAAUCAUAGUCCAAUUCCUGUCCACAGAAUGCUCCUCUUCCUCUUCCUCUAAUUGGGCCUUCUUGUGUGCCAGUCUCUAGCCUGAGCUCUCCUUGAGAUGGUCUCUUGCCUAGACAGGGCCUCCUGCUGGAAUUCCAGCUCAGGUUUGAACCACCAUCCAGCUGUGACCACUUGGAACAGAACAUGUCCUUGUUCAUAAAAGCAUUUUAACAGGAAAUAAGGUAUUUUCCUAUCUGCAGGUUGCUGAUUCCACAGGAAAGAUCAGUGUGAUCAAAUGUAGCUCCCAGCAGCAUGGGAUCUGCACACACAUUUAUAGGUUUCCCAUCAACAGCAUAGAACAUCUCCCCUUAAGGAUCUGCACAGGCUUCUUACAUCCUAACUGAGCCAAAUUCAAGUUUUUGUUAUAGAAGGCUCCAAAUUGCUUGGGGACCAACUUACUUGGACUGCUCCCCCCCCCCCCCAUAGUUGCUUGAUUUUUACAUUCAGCUAGAAAGGCACUAUCAAAGGUAGCACAUGAUAUUCACCUUGCUUCUACAAGUAAUAAGCUGUUUUGUUUGUGCACCUAAGUUGUAGAAUUCCUUGCCUAUGUGAAGGAAGUACCAUCAAUACACCAAGUUUCAGACACCUGCUGAAGACCUUUCUGUUUGUACCCAUCUUUUCUGAUGUAUAGCUCAACCUAUCAGAUACUGUGUGUCUGGAUGAUAAGUACUUUUAUGCUGUUCUGUGGGUGCAUUAUGUUCACUGCCUAUAUAGUUUGCUUAUUGUGUGGUAUAUAUGUCUGUAAAAUAAAUAAAUGGGAGAACAAUGAAAGUGUGCUUCCUUUCUAGGUAAAGUCCAAAAAGAAAUUGAUGAUGUGAUUGGCAAGAACAGGUCAGCCACCAUGGGGGACCAGGCAUCCAUGCCUUACACUCAUGCUGUGAUAAAUGAAAUUCAGCGAUUUGCUGAUGUUUCUCCGUUGAUGCUGCCUCAUAUGGCAUACCGGGACACGACAUUACAAGGCUUCUUCAUCCCAAAGGUAUAAGUUUUGCUAACAGAGUAAAGGUAUUCUGAACAGAAGCAGGCAGACUGUUUUUCUCUUUUGCACGGAGUUGAACCAAAUUUAAACUACUUUAUUUAUUCACUGAUCCCAAACUUAAGAUUUCUCAAAUGCCUUGAAUCUGCAUGGGAAAUGAGCUCCUAAACUGCUUGGCCAUAUGCCCAGAAAGCAGGAGUCAAGCGGAAAACUGCUCAGACCUGUGUUUUCUAGGCACAGCACAAGCGGAAGGGCGGACGAGCCCAUUGUCUCCAGAAGCCUAAGAUAUUUCAAAAUAGAGACAGGAUAUAAGGAAAAUACAGUGCUUCUGAUUGUAAUCCUUUUACCACAUCCUCUUUCUUUGGACACACUUAGGGUACCACGGUCAUCUUCAACCUGUCAUCUGUACUGAAGGAUGAAACUGUGUGGGAGAAGCCUUAUGAGUUUUACCCAGAGCAUUUCCUUAAUAAAAAAGGGGAAUUUGUGAAACGAGAGGGCUUCCUGCCUUUCUCAGCAGGUAAAUCCAGAGGACUAAAAGCUGGGAUAUUUACUGUUUCAUAAUCACACAUUUUAAUAUUGCAAGUGUUUUUUUCAUGGUCACAUUAUGAGGGCUUCUUCAGAUACAGUCCUUUGGGGGUGUGGACAGUGCCAGAUUUACGUGUAAGCUAAACAAGCUUAGGGCCCCACUCUCUUGGGGGCCCCAAAAAAAUUUAAAGGGAAAAAAACCUGGAUGUACAUUCUCCAAAAUAUAAGAUAAAAAACAAAUAAACAUUGAUAAAAUACAUAUUUUGUUAUGUGCAAAUGGCUUUAGAUACCUAUUAGGUCCAUAAAUUACCAUAUAGCAUAUAUUCAACACAAAAAAGUGACAAUUUGUUGUUGACAAAGGACAGCUGGACAUAUAAGGGGCCCCAUUACCUUUAGUAACUUAGGGCUUCAUCAAACCUAAAUCCGGUCCUGGGUGUGGAGAGAGAGAUCUACCCAUAAAUCUUUGUUGUGGAGAUACAAAUGUUUGUGCUCACAAUUAUGCUCCCACUGAAGAGAAGUCACAUUUGUGCAGCACUCAGAACAGCUAUUUCCUUCUGGUAGUUUUCCCUUGUCCCAUUCCUUUCCAAGGGGAAACCUGCUCUUUAGCGAUAGAUCGGAAGAAAUGUUGAUCCAGGAAAACCCAAAUUGCUGUUUGCUCCAAUUGAGUGUUAAAGGGUGUUUUGCCCAGGGGGAAGCAGCAGGACAAGGGGAAGUGUACAUAAGCCUAAACCACAACCUCCUUUUUUAAUUUUCAGAGGGAGGAUAGCCCCAUUCAGCAUGGGUUGAAUCCCUAUCCACUGAUCUGCCUUUCAAACCCUUGUCUGGAUUAAGCUUCAAUUUAUGUGGCUCUUGGAGGAGUGCCAACCCUCAAUGCAGCACCCCCCCCCCUGCAGUUUGCCAGCCCUUGUUUAUAAGACUUUGCUAUAACAAAACAACAACAACAACUUAUUACUUGUACCCCGCCCAUUUGACUGGGUUUCCCCAGCCAUCCUGAGUGGAUCUCAACAGAAUAUUAAACAAAACAAAAUAUGAUACAUCAGAUUGUGAUAGAUGGUUCAUCAAAUUAUGGUGUGGAGAAAUAUGGGAGACAAAUUUGUAUCUCCUUCUCAUAGAAUAAGAAUGCAAGUCAGGCAAAAAAAUUGAUUGGCAUUCAGGAUAGACACAACAAAAUAAUUCAUCACACAGUGCAAUUCACUUCCUGAAGACAUGGGGAUGGCCUGGUCUGCGGUUGCUGCAGAAUUAGGUCAGGAAUCAGAAUAUGGUGACCGAAUUCUAUGGUAGAAUAGAUUGAAUAAUUUCAAAAUUGUAAGUCACCUUUUAUGAGACAUUAGUAUCACCAUUGCUGUGACUGUGUCACUGCCUCUGAGACUUAAUCGGAAAUGCUCAUAAAAGCAACUGGUGGCAAAAGAUAGGGAAAGGGCCAAAGUCCAGUGGCAGAGCCUCUGCUUUGCAUGCAGAAGGUUCUAGGUUCAGUCCUCAGAAUCUCCAGGUGCUGGAGAGAUCCCUGUCUGAAACUCUGGUGAGCCAGUCAGUACUGAACUAGAUGGAGCAAUGGUCUGACUCAGUAUAAGGCAGCUUCCUGUGUUCUUGUUCCACUUCCCUCUCCCCAAUCCCCAUGCAGUUUGGGUGUCUUCAAAAUGAUUUUCUUCUUAAUUGGUGGUUUUACUCAUUCGGCCCCUCAUACCAGUGCCGUAUGUUUUUUUCUUUCUUCAAAGGGCGCUGUGCACACCACCAACCACCUGUGAAUUAACCUUCUCCAAAGCAUCUGUCUGGGGCCUUUCUGUGUAGGGUCUUGCAGUCUGCAUGCCCACUGGAAGAGUCACUUAGGAACUGACACUUAGCCUGAUGUCCUCUUUCUUUUUCAGGUUUGCGUGUAUGUCCAGGAGAACAGCUAGCCAGGACAGAGCUCUUCCUCUUCCUCACCAGCCUCCUUCAGCAUUUCACCUUCUGCUUCCCAGAAAACCAGUCUAAACCUCAACAAGAAUCUCGCUGUGGCUUGACAGUAGCGCCGCCCCCCUUGCAGAUCCGGGCUAUUCCAAGAUAACUAUAGAUACAUGCAACGCACUUGUGCGGCACUCAAACUUUUACCCUAUCAUGUGGUUACUGAAAUCUCACAGGGUGACCCAGAUAUUCACUUUCUCUCCUAGUUCAUUGGAAUUUAAAUCUCACUUUGAACAAUGACUCUUCUUGUUCAGAAUUUCUAAAAGCAUGCACAGUGGUACCUUGGGAUGCGAACGGGAUCCGUUCUAGAGCCCCGUUCGCAUCCUGAAUGGAACGUAAGACGCGACGGCAUGUCUGCGCGUGUGCGGGUCGUGUUUUGCCGCUUCCGCACAUGCGUGUGACAUCAUUUAGAGCAUCUGCGCACUUCCAGUUUUCAAGCAUUUGGGAGCCGGAACGUUUGACUCCCAAGUAUGACUGUAUUUACAAAGCUGUCUUCUAGGGGAGGGGAAAAACAUCACUCAAGACAAAAUGACACAAAGCAAUAAUUAUAUUUAAAAAUAAAUAAAUACAAUUAGUAAAUCACAA